AGGAAAAAUUAAAAAAUAAAUAAAAAAGGAACAAAAAUUAACAAAUAAAAAUGUCACAAAUCGAUUACACCGCGCAUAAUUUUACAUGCUAUACUGUGCAUGAGUGUUCCAGUGAUGAUGAUCUUAGAAAUGUUGUCGAACUCAUAGAUACCGAAUCGAAUACUCUUAGCCAAUACUCUUUGGACUCGGCGGCCUCAACAAGUUCAUCAAUAGAUAUAAACAUUUUGCGUAAACAGCAAAACUUACAACGAAAAUAUCACAAAAAAGUAUUUAAAAGCAGUAUGUCUCCAACCAAAAGAGUAUCGAUGCCAAUCAUACCACAUGACAACGAUUUAUUACCACAACAGGAUGCUUAUCAUUUUGUUAAUAGCCCAGAAACUCCGCUACAAAUAGGAUAUUUUGUGCCUUUAGCGCCUAACUGCUUCUUUAGUCCACCACUGCAGAGAAGGCGUUUUAGAGAAAAAGAAAACGAUCGGAAUCGCCGCGCUGUUAGUUACGGCGAGACAUCACCAAAUUCAACAACACUCCCACGUGCAGCACCUAGGCGUGUUUCCUUAAUGAAAGAACCUCCACCACCACCACCAAAGCCUAUACUUUCACAACAAUCUUCCAUAAAAUCUGCUUCUACUGCAUCUCCUAUACCUAGUAAAUAUCCACAAUCGGAAUAUAAUCUCAUACAGAAGAUCGAUUCUAAUAGCACUUUAACAGCGCCAUCACAGUACCAAACACAAAACUUCUAUGCAAACACAAGUACCAUUUCAUCAACGAGCAAUAAUUACUCUUCUUUAUUGUGUCAUGCCAGCUCCACUUCGAGUCCAUUGGCAACACGGAAAAGGGAGAAACUUUUACAUCGUUUCAGUGAUGCUGCGACAUUGGGUAGAAAACUUAAGAAGAAGAAGAAUACAAAUAGAACUUGCCGUUCUAUGACAGAAGCCAUUGAAAUGCUUGCUGAUCCUGUGAUCGAGGAUGAAUUUUUUGGUGAUCGUACAACAUGGGAAUAUCACACAGUUUCUGUAACGCGUGUGCCGGGUUAUGGUUUUGGUAUUGCCGUUUCUGGAGGUCGUGAUAAUCCUCAUUUCGCUAAUGGUGAUCCAUCAAUUGCAGUCAGUGACGUUCUGAAAGGCGGGCCAGCUGAAGAUCGUUUGCAAGUUAAUGAUCGCAUAAUUUCAGUUAAUGGUGUUUCAUUGGAAAACGUUGAAUACGCAACAGCAGUUCAGGUUCUACGGGACAGUGGCAAUACGGUGACGCUUGUAGUAAAACGUAGAGUACCAUUAAAUUCCACAGCGCAACAUCAACACUCACACAGUAUGAGCUCAGUGGGAUUAACCACAAAUGGCAAUAUAUUGCCAAACCAAACAGUCGGUAUUAGCAACAUCAGUCAGCCGAAUUCAUUGAAUUCAUCAAUGGUGCAGAACGCAGCAGGACAACCUAUCAAAGUAACACUAUCCAAAGGCAGUAAGAAAGAUGACUAUGGCAUUGUGCUCGGCUGUCGUCUUUUUAUCAAGGAGAUCUCUACAAAAGCGCGUGAUCAAUUGAUAGCCAAUGGCUAUUCACUCCAUGAAGGUGAUGUUAUAACUCGAAUACAUAACACCAAUUGCGGUGAUACAAUGAGUUUGAAAGAGGCGAAGAAAAUUAUUGAUGGCUGUAAGGAACGUUUGAAUUUAGUUGUAUUACGCGAUAUAACAAAUCAAACGGCCACAACAGUGAACAAUCAAUUAAAUAACUCAAAUACACAAUCGAAUUUAUAUGCCAGUCAUCAGGCGCAAAUAUCCAAUUGUAGCAAUAAUUUGGAUGAUCCAUACUUAGGCGGCGGAGCUAGUUAUUCAUCACAAAAUUUGUAUGUGCAGCCGCCAACGCGCUCAUCUAUAAAUGGUCCCGGUAAUGGUUUGAAUGAUGAAAAAAGUAAUUUAACACCUAGAGGACGUUCACGUGGUCCUAUAAUGGAUGGUGUCUCGCUAUCACAACUUGAUCGUCCAGUAACACCACCCAAUGGACAAAGUUCACGUUCUCGUAUCGAUGAGCCACCACGACCACCACCACCACGUGGCAGUAGCAAUAGUAAUGGCAAUGAAGAUUUUUAUAGUUCACGUCGGCAACUGUAUGAAGAUGAAGCACUGUCACGUCCCAGACAAUCAGCUGAACCACGUUUCAUAUCAUUCCAAAAAGAAGGUAGUGUUGGUAUACGACUGACCGGUGGUAAUGAAGCAGGUAUAUUUGUUACGGCUGUACAACCAGGUUCGCCAGCUUCAUUGCAAGGCCUUACACCUGGCGAUAAGAUACUCAAAGUGAAUGAUAUGGAUAUGCAUGGUGUAACACGAGAAGAAGCAGUGCUUUUCCUGCUCAGCUUACAGGAUCGUAUUGAUCUAAUUGUACAAUACUGUAAGGACGAAUAUGAUGAGGUGGUGACGAAUCAACGUGGUGAUUCUUUUCAUAUUAAAACACACUUUCACUGCGAUAAUCCUUCUAAAGGUGAAAUGGCUUUCAAAGCCGGUGAUGUUUUUCGUGUUAUUGAUACCCUACACAAUGGUGUAGUUGGUUCAUGGCAAGUGCUGAAAAUUGGACGCGGACAUCAGGAAAUGCAACGUGGCGUUAUACCGAAUAAAUCACGCGCUGAAGAAUUGGCAACAGCACAAUUUAAUGCGACCAAAAAAGAAAUGAAUGCCAAUGAAUCAAGAGGCAACUUCUUUAGAAGAAGACGUUCCACACACCGUCGUUCGAAGAGCUUAUCGCGUGAAAAUUGGGAUGAUGUUGUUUUUUCAGACUCAAUUUCCAAGUUUCCUGCUUACGAACGCGUUGUUUUACGUCAUCCAGGUUUUGUACGGCCAGUGGUACUAUUUGGUCCGAUCUCUGAUUUGGCACGUGAAAAACUUGCCAAAGACUUUCAAGACAAAUUUACUGCACCAUUAUCAGACGAUGAUAAGUCGAACUCAAAAUGUCGAAUUGUACGUCUUUCUAACAUACGCGAUAUAAUGGAUCGUGGUAAACACGCUUUACUAGAUAUAACACCGAAUGCUGUGGAUCGUCUCAAUUACGCUCAAUUUUAUCCGAUUGUUAUAUUCUUGAAAACUGACAGCAAGCAUGUAAUCAAGCAAUUGCGACAUGGCAUACCGAAAUCAGCACAUAAAAGUUCGAAAAAGCUGUUGGAACAGUGCCAGAAGUUGGAACGUGUUUGGUCACAUAUAUUUAGCACACAAAUUGUGCUUAGCGACGAAGAAUCCUGGUACAGAAAAUUGCGUGAUGCUGUGGAUUUACAACAAAGCGGCGCUGUUUGGAUGUCCGAAUCAAAGCCCGUUGAAUCCUUAUCCGAUGAUUUCCUAUUCCCAAUGACCACAUCCCGUUUAUCGUAUGCAUCAAGUCCUGAAUCUGAUUUGGAAUUAAGUCCUGGGCCAUCAGCAUCAUUGUCACUAGGCAAUUUACCACAAUUGGUUAAAUCGAGCUCAGAUCCAUCGAUUGCAACUAAUCAGGAUAACUUGGAUAGGGAUAGAGACAUAAUUGGUGAAGGAUUACCACCUCCAUAUACGAUUCCGUAUGAACAUUCCGCUAAUCCACCACCAAAUCGACGCCAAACAAUAGACUCUAGUAAAUAUGCUGGCUACAUACCACCAGGCACAAAUAUGUUAGGUGGUUCGUCUGAUCCGUCGACACCCUCUACACGCCCACAAUCACUUUAUGGUAUAAAUGCACCUGAUUUGCCACCACGCAUAGAUCGCCAAUCAAAACCCGGACCUGGUGAAAUGCAACCACCUUCUCGUACAAAUAGUUCUGGUGGAACUUUAGGACGUUCAGCGCAAGAACGCUUAUUUGGAAAACCCAUUGUUAAUGAUGAUGUACAAGCUGAAUAUAUAUCACGCAAUGCUUUAGCAACAGAUUCAAUAGAUCGCCAACAACAUGCUUCGUUGGAGCGGCAAGCACGCUUGAAUGCUGCUACAAUGGGUAGCUCAACUGGUUUACCUGGUAGUAAAGGCUCAAUGCCUAAUAGUUCCCAGCAGAAUGGUUCCAGUUAUGAUAGCGUAUCAAGUUAUGAUUCGUACAACACAUCUCAGCUAACGAUGCAAAAUUUGGGCAGACUUGGGCCAAAUGCUCCCGACGAUCUCAAGUCAGUACCAAAUGCAAAUGGCCGUCCUUUACCACCUGCUGGUAUGAACUCACAGGCACCGGAAUAUGCACGUAGCACACAUGAUCACCGUAACUUUGUAGGUGCGAAUGACUUAAAUCGGCAAAGCAGUCCUGGUAGACCACAAUAUCAUGAUAUAAACUCGGCGAGGAAUAUAGAUCCACGAAAUGGACCACCUCAACGCCCUUCAAAUUUGGGUCUCGAAGGCAGCCCCCGUAAGCCAUUAAUGGAAACAAAAACUGAUUAUGGAAAGUACAGUCGAAACAAUUCUGCCUCUCAAGCUGAUUACAGUAAAUUGCCGAAGAAUCCACAAAUGGUUGUGCCACCACCAAAUAUCAAUGGUAGCAACAACAAUGCUGCAACAAAUGGUAACAACGGUGGACCCUUCAAACCAGUGCCGCCACCAAAACCCAAAAAUUAUCGACCACCAAUACAAGGUGGUAGUGGUGCUGGCAAUGGCAAUGCAAAUUGGGAAAAUGGCGAACCUGGCUCACCACGUUCACCCAACGGCUUUUAUUAUCCACCUACACCAUCACAUCAUCAUUACUCACAACAAACACCUGGUUCACCACAUCAUGGUCCUAAUAAUAACAUACAACCCACCUAUGGCACCAACAGCAAUUAUAGUCAACAACCACAAUAUCCACCUACAAAUGGCUACAAUGGCAGUAAUCACCACUAUAAUGGCGGCAGCGGCACUGGUCCAUAUAUUGCACCACAUCGUGGCAUGCCACCACCUAUUGGUAAUCUUCCACCACAUACGCCAGAACGGCAUGCUCUGGACUUAGCAGGCAGUCGUGAACAACGGGGCUCAGCAUUCGAACUAUAUCGUAAACCACAAAUCGGUACAGCAGGGCACCAUCAUAACAUGAGCGAAAUGGAGCCAUACGAACAAAGAUAUGAUGAAUAUUAUUCAAUGCCACCACCACCGCCUCCAGGUCAUCCUUCACAAAUGCGUUCACGUUCUGCACAGCGUUAUCAUAAUGAACGUUUACAAGAAUCCAAUUAUUACAAUUAUCCACCAGCACAAUCUGCAUCACAUCACCAAAUAUCCGAACAGUAUUAUAAUGAAAAUGGUGUAGCGCCACCACCCUUGCCACCACAUAAAAUAAAGAAAAAAUCCAUGCUUAAAAGUCCAUUGACUGCAAUUAAAAACGCUUUAAUAAAAUCUACUCGUCCACUCAGACGUAUGAACAGUAUGGUUGAGCCGGAACGUAAACCAAAAUCCAGUCUUAGACGUCAACAGUCAAUGUUGGAGCGCGGUAUGCAACGUCCAUACUACCCCGAUGAAUAUCCAACAUAUCCAGCUGGUUUUGAAGAUCGUUAUUAUGGUGCAUCAAGAAGUGGAAGUGUGCCGACACAAAAUAUGCUAACACGUGAACAGUAUUAUAGAGAUCAACAACAGUAUGGACGUCAUUACCAACAGGAACUGAUGAAUAGUACGUAUCAGAAUUUAGAAACCGAAGAUAUUUAUGGAAACCUGGGCACUGUGCCGCGCAUGCACAAAGCAUCACAUACAGAUUAUAAUGGCUAUGAGCAUGAUGACUUAUACGCUAACAGAGCACUAAUAGAUUUAGAACGACGACAAGCUGAAGCAGUGGCAGCAGCGAAUAGAGGUGGUCGUAAAAUUGUAAGAAGGCACAGCACCACUACUGCUGAUCGUUCCGUUGGUAGAAGACAAAUGACACCAAUCAGCAGUGGCUUAGAAUAUGAACAGACUGAUAUGUAUCAAAACAAGCAACAUUCAUAUAUGCUGGAUGCACAGCGUAGAGCACCAAAUUCAGAGGUAAUGUCAAGACGUCGUUUUUAUCCAGGUGCUGCAAAUGAACAAGGUGAUAUAAAUGAACCACUAUAUCAAUCUCGUCGAGAAAUGCAACGUGAAAUGCAAAGAAGUCAUUUGUAUCAAUCGAAAAAAGAAAUGCAGGAACGCAUAAGUCAGGGUAAAAGAGAAAUGGAACGGGAAUUUAGUCCACAUAGUAGCAGCCAAUCUGAAAAAUCAGAUCGUGAUUCAAUCUAUCAAAGUAGACGGGAAGCCAGUCAAGUGGCGUUAAAGAAUCGUGCGCAAUUACGCGAACAAAUUUAUCAAACUCGUCGAGAGGCUUUAGAAAGUAUGGCAGAGCCAAUUUAUGUCUCCAAACGUGAUACCGGCAGACCAGAACCCAUUUAUGAAUCCAAAGAGGAAAGUAUAUUGCAGUCACGUGAAAAUGAAACCGAUGAGAAAAAAGAGGAAAAAACUGAAAUAACGGUGGUAGAGAUAAAUCAGGACGAUGAGAGUCUUAGUCGUUCGGAUUUACAAAAAUCUACAGACACUGUUAUAGAAAAUACUGUCAUACAAGCUAAUGAGUCUACAAUAAGAACAGAGAGUAAAGCGCCAUUGGUGCAAAGUGAAAUUGAUGAUGAUGAUGAUAUUGAAAAUGAAAACUCUAGUGCUGCUGAUAUACAAACGACGUGUAUUGAAAAUCAAUUAAAUCAUGGCAUGCUGCAAGAUACCAAUGAAACAAAUGAUUUAUCUGACGAAGUUUUCGAAACUAAAGUGGAAUCCGAACCAUCAUCAAAUAUAGUACAAGGGCCGCCAGUUGAACCAUUGGAACCACCUAAACCAACAUUACCCUCAACGCCACGUUCAAUGCGUGCACCAUUUCACAUUUCUAAUAUAUUGAAACGCACCGGCCCUCCUCCGCCACCAACGACAACAACAAUCGGCGAUAGUUGUACAUCUAUUGAAACACAAUAUACAUCACAAGGUAGUCUACCCGUUGGACCGCCAAAUGCUACCAGUACACCAUACACUAGUAAUAUGUCCUUGCCAGUCGCAGGACCAGUACCAACAUCAGCACCAGUAGCUGCUAGUUUGCCGGGUAUGGGACAAUUUCCUGCUGUACCUAGAGACCCUACAACGACACGUGGAAUCUUUGAUUUAAAAGGCGGUACUUUAGCGGACAAUGUGUGGAAUGUUUCACUACAAAUACCGCCAGGCGCGAUCCCUGCUGGCGUGCGACAAGAAAUUUACUUUACUGUCAGUGACCCACGCAUGGGCGAAGCUGUUGGUGGACCCCCACUGGAUAUGGAAAAUGGUGAAACAAUGCUCUCACCACUUGUUAUGUGCGGUCCACAAGGUCUUGAAUUUUUAGUACCCGUAACACUCAAUAUACCACAUUGUGCUGGACGUACCGCUUCCCUAGGAUUAGCACUCAAAGCGACCGAUAGUGAAAAAAAUUUACAUACCGAAUGGGAUAAUAUCGAUCUACCAAGCAAUGCGGCGGCUCAUACAGUAUCGGUGAAAGUAGAUCACUUCUAAUUUAAUUAUAUACCUAGUAAUAAUAUUAUAAUAAAUGUAUCUAUUAUUAUUAGUAUAUAUAUAUUAAAGUGUACAUAUAUUUUUUAUAUUAUAUAUGUAUUAAAAUGGUUGAUCAUUUAGCAUACAGUUUAGCAUUUACAUUUCUAACUAAUAAGUCUAGAUCGAUCAAUAAUGUAGCAUCAUUGAAUACUUGAAUAUUAUGAUAAAUAUAUAUAUAGUAUCAUUUAAAAUACCUAUACAUAUUAUAUUAUAUAUAUGUAUUUUAUUUUAUUCCAAAUAAACCAAUUACUAAAGCUUGAUUCGUAUAUUUGUGCCUUUAAAUAUACUAAAAUUGUUCUGCUCUAGCUCCUACGAUCUUCAGUGCUGAAACACAAAUAACGAACGAAAUCUUUAACGAAAAUUACCAUAUAUACAAUAAAAUAUACAAAUAAUAAUAUUAAUAUUAAAACUUAUGUA